AAGUAACAGUACAUACUUUAUGCUUGCGUCUUGCGUCUGAUUUUAGAUUUACAGAAACUUGACAUUCACAAUAAUUCUAAAUUUGUUCUAAACCAUUGUGUACUAGUGUAUCGUUAUUAUUAAAUCAAUUGAUAGUGCUUUAAAGGAAUCAUUAGUUGUCGAAGUGUCGUAGGUGAACUUUGAUCCAUCAUGUCGACACGAUGGUAUCCAAUAUACCAAAAAGGCAAUCCUCAGCUGCGCGUCUUUCUUCCCAACUACUGGAUGAAACUUGUCAAGCCUGAUGACAAGCAACCUCCAGAUGUGGUGCAGUUUCAGGUACCUACUGGUAUGUCUAAUCAUGAUAUCAAGAACUAUUUAGAAAAGAUUUACAAAGUACCUGUAGCAGAAGUACGAUCUGCAAUUGUUGCCGGCAAAUGUCGCCCGUGGCGUAAAAAUGCUUACAUCAUCAAAGAGGAUGACUUUCGCAGAGCAUACGUGAAACUUCAGCGAGGAACUACUUUUCAAUUUCCUGACAUUGAUGAGGUGGAUUCACAGUCUGAAACAAAGCGGAAAUUAGAAGCAUCUUCAGAGGAGGCGGCGCAGAACACUACUAGUUUUACAAACAAACAAGAUGGGGAAAGAUCUGGCAUUCCUUCCUGGUUCAGUAUCUAAGUAUGUCAAACAUUUUAUGUAUAUAUUUCCAAGGCAUUCAGUUUUAUGAGUUACUUGAAGAAUGUAUGAGUCUUGUUAGUUUUCUAUGAAUAAAUGGUUAUUGUGUUUCUAA